AUUUCCAGGUUGAAUCUCAGCUGAGGCCUCUGUCUGGAGUUUUUUAUUUUUAUGUAUUUUAUUUUAUUUUUUCUUCCUUCACCUUCCCACACCCCAGAAACAUGCAUCCUAGGUUAAUUGGUUACUCUAAAUUGACACCGUGGUGGUUUGUCUCUGUGUUGAGCUUGACUGGCAACCCGUUCAUGAUGUACCAUUCCUUGCCUGUUAACAGCUGGGAUUGGCUCCAGCACCCCCACAACCCUGAACUGGAUAAAGCAGGUGUAGAAAAUGGAUUCCUGGAAAUACACCAUCACUAUUGAUAUUCCAAUUGCCUACAUUGUACAUCACUAACACCCCUCUUUGUGUCUUAGCAGCCACUGCGCGCGUGUGUGUGUGCAUGUGUGUGUAGCAUGUGCACUUAAGCUAAUAUACAGUUGGCUUAAUGAGUGAAAUCCCAUCCAGUUAUUGUGGAUGCUCAAGAGUCUUCUCCAAAAGGGCCCCCCCCUCUGUAUAACAGGAAGGAGGAUGUAGGACUGGGGAGGCACAAAUUAGACAAAUGAGAGGAACCUUGAGAUACUAAGGUUUACGCAGACCUGCAUCUGGUUUAAUUAAUUCCAUUUUUUGCAAUUAUCUUGGAUUUUACAUCUUUUACAUUUCAUGCCACUUUGUGGUCAGUGUGGUCUGUGACUUUCUUGUUUGUUGUUUUUGUCUCAUAUUUUUACAAUUAAAGAAAAAGAACUAAAGGUCUUGAUCAUUUUAUGUGUUUAAACCAUGUCUCUAUAUUCCGUGUCUCUGUGAGCAUGAUGCUUUGUGGGUCAGGUCAUUUUGUUUCUUUUUAUGAACAUAUUGUGUUAUGUUUUGGUCAUAAAUUACUUUGUGAUUUUUUUUAUACAUUCUGGUUGUUUGUGACUCAGUGUUUGCAAGUUCUUGAUUGUUUGGUGUCUCCUGUUGGUCAUUUUUAUAUGUCUUUGCUUUUCUGUAUUGGAUUUUUUUUUGCGCCCUUAUUAUUUUUGUCUCUGUGGUAAUUUUAAAUCUCUUGAUUUUCCAUCUGUUUUGUGUUUUGUUUUGUUUCUUCUGGGAAAUUCUUACUUAUAUAAGAAGACCAGUUUGCUAGUCAUACGCCAUUAAAACACAUUCAGUGAUCUAUGCAUUAAACAGCUGUCUGUCGGUCACCCUUGUAAUAAAACAAUAAGGAAGGGCAAAAUGGGCGGAGCCUUUUACUGUGAUUGGUUGUUUGUGUUAGGACAGGCUCCACGAUUGGUUGAAAAAGUUUUUUUUUCAUUGUCACCACAGCUGAUUCGAGCUACCGCCAAUCAUUAGAUGGGCUCGUGGGCAGGGUUUGUCUACUACAGCGCAUGCGCAUAAACCCUAAGUCGCUUUAAUCUGACGUAAUAUCUUUUCCAUUCUCGUUAUAUUGCUGUAGAUUGGCCUACUUUAAAUCAUAACUGGGUGAUUGCUUAUGGAUAUGAUACAUUUAAGCUCAGCUGUAUUUAGUUUAUUUAAAAGAACCUUUACCAGAAUGAAUGUACACCGCUAAGUUACUCCUUUUACAUUAACCUGCCGUUUCACCUUGUGAGGUAAAGCUCCUCUUGACUUUUCUCCAAGAUUUUUAAAGACGUCAGCUCUGACGUGGCACGUUUAUUGUUUACAGAAAAUAACUUUUAGAAUAAAUUAAUAAGUCCACUAACUCAGAUUUCCACUGUAAGUGUUCCUGUUGCUGUCAUGCAAAUAAAAGAGAAGACUAUAGCGACUUUAAAGCAGUUUGACAUCGGAGAAAAGUUUUCCUAUUUACCAAUGUUGCCCAAAGCUUCGGUGCUGAUCCCACUGUUCGUGAGGGGUGGGGAGUUGUACACUUUAAUGACACUACGUUCAAAAGAGCUGAGGACCAGUGCGGGUGAGGUGUGUUUUCCAGGUGGGAAGAGAGACCCAGAUGACCGCGAUGAUGUGGACACAGCCCUAAGAGAGGCAAAGGAGGAGAUAGGUCUACUACCUGAUGAAGUUCAGGUUGUCUGCACAUUGUUCCCAAUCAUCAAUAAGAGAGGCCUGUUGGUGACCCCUGUUGUUGGUUUCAUAGAUGAGAUGUUCAGUCCCACUCCAAACCCAGCUGAGGUCAGUGCUGUGUUCACAGUCCCUCUGGACUUCUUCACCAGCGACAAGGACCACUAUGCUGCUCAUGGUGCUGCUGGAAUGAUGGGGCCUCUGCACGCAUUUCAUUUCGUGGACCCAGAAUCAGGAAGCCAGUACCACAUCUGGGGGCUGACUGCUAUACUGGCAAUAUUAGUGGCUGUUCUUGCUCUGAGGAAAAAAACAGAGUUUGAUGUUGGCUUCGAUUCAGAGAACCCAUUAUCCUUCUUCCAACAGAUUCUCCAUGAAAGACUGAGUAAACUUUGAUCACCCCCAUAUAAUGCAUUUGUGGCAACACAAAAACCUCUGGUCAGUAAAACUAUGUGAAACUAUAUGUUUGCAAAGAUUAAUGCAACAUUUAUUUACACAACUCACAAGUAUGAACCUCAAAGGGGAGGGGGGGAAGAAGCACAUCAAGCCACAGAUUUUUUUAUUAACUCAUUUAAUGUAGCAGCAGGAUUACAGAUAUAAACAGAAGAGUAUACAAAUGUCCAGACAAAGGCAAAGUACAUGUUAAUAAUCAGAUUUAUAACACGCUGGGGUUGACCUUUAUCCCUACUGCAGGGUCUUAAGGCUAGAUACUAAAGCUCAAGCUACACAAAACUGAUACAACAGAACUGUCUGGAGGAUGUGAAAUAGAAAGCGAACUAGGAAAAGUGAGCAAACUGAUUACACACAAGAUACAGCUCACACUAUUGGCAAUAAACAGUUAAUUUAUCAUGGUUGCCCCUUUUGAUCAAGCACUUCACAGCAACAAUAAUGUUGACAAGCACAUCAACACGAGAAAGUUCUCCAUAAAACAAUCGACUCUGUCUCGUCCCUUUUACCUCAUAUGUACAAAUCUCAUGAGGCAUGGAAAACAAAAAGAAAAAAGAAAAUUGGUAGAAAACUACAAAUAACGGUGACAAUUCACUGGUGAAGUUGUACAUGUUGAGUAAUCACUGAUAUGCUGCAAUGGGUUGAGAAAACAUGAACACUAAAAUAUAUCUGUAUAAUUUACGCUUUGAUGUAAAUCAAAUUGCUGCAGUGUAUUCUGAUGUUACACGGUCCUUCUGAAUAAAAAGGACAAGGAGCAAUGACACAAAAGGGACACCAGUAAACACAGCAGAGCAACGGUUAAGUUAUCAAGGCACACAAAGUUCUGUUGAAAGCAUCACAAUUAAAAUUCAAGAGACCCCUGCAGUAUAUUUCACAUUUAAAUAUACAUGGAUAUUCAUUUACAUGACUGAUGGACAAAAACGAGAUAAUGCAAAGAUUUGUGUGCUCUCUUUGCCACCAUUAAAUCAAUAUUUAACAAGGAUUUCUUUUUCCUCCCAGGUGGAAGUGGCUAUUCAGCAUCAGACUGAGUGUACUGAAUCAUUUUAAAAUGAGAGGGCUGGACAAGAAUUUAAAUCAAAAUUCAAGAAAAAAAAAAGUGGACAGAUUUACAGAGACACAAAUGUCAGCUGGUGCCACCCCACCCAUCCCAUCAGCCUCAAAAUAUAUGAUCUCUCAAACUCUAAUUGGUCCGAUGUUAGAUGCAGAUCAAGCUGCGUCCACACCAUGAGGUAAAAUUUACAUUCAUGAAACUGAAGUCACAGGUUGGCUUUCUGUGUUGGUAUGGCUUUGAGAGGCAUAACUGUUCUGCACUUCUUCCACAUCACCAUGUGCUCUUUAUUCUCCCCUAACCGAGGAGUGGAAUGCUUGGAAAUGUCACUACUGCACUCUAACCUGAUCUACAGUUAAUGGAUGAGUCAAAGUGCCAUUUGAGAUGCACAACAUAAAAAGUAAAAAAAAAAAAAAAAAAAAAAAAA